CUGGAGGUUCUAUUGGACUACAAGGAACAAGACACUGGAAGAUCGAUCUCUCCUCCGGAAAUCAAGGCAAUGCUUAUGGACAUAGUGAUAGGUGGGACCGACACAACCUCCACAAUGGUAGAGUGGGCCAUGACAGAACUAAUGCUUCAUCCGGACAUUAUGAGAAAAUGCCAAUCAGAGUUAUCAGAAGUGGUUGGAAACGACAAAGGUGUCGAAGAGUCCCACAUAAUCAAACUCACAUAUCUCCACGCUGUCGUGAAAGAAACACUGAGAUUACACCCGGCAGCGCCAUUACUACUGCCUCGUUCCCCAUCAAAGCCUUGCAUUGUCGGUGGAUAUGCCAUUCCCAAGGGCACCAAGGUCUUUCUCAACGUUUGGGCCAUGCAUAGGGACCCACUGUUUUGGGAGGACCCCACAGAGUUUAAUCCCAAAAGGUUCUUGAAAGAAGAUAAUGAUCAAGAUGAUCAGUCUAAAAUGUUGGACUAUUUUGGCAACAAUUUGAAGUACAUCCCUUUUGGGGCGGGUAGGAGAAUAUGCGCAGGGCUUCCUUUGGGUGAGAAGAUGUUAAUGCACGUAUUGGCAAUGUUGCUGCAUUUGUUUGAGUGGGAAUUGCCACGUGGGGCAAAGUUGGAUUCUGCUGAGAAACUUGGGGUUGUGUUGGAGAAGGUGAAUCCUCUUGUUGCUGUUCCUGUGCCUAGAUUAUCAAAUUUAGAGCUAUAUAUAUGA